AUGAAUUUAAUUUCGAAUCAAAACGUUCCCUCUUACGCGCCGUUAUGUGUAGUGAUCUCAAAAUCUACAAUAAACAAUUUAACGAUUGAAUUUGUCCGUCAAAAUGGGUUCUAUUUCGUAAGACAUUUGAACAAUUAUUCUUUGUUCUCUGUCCCGUCUUCUCAAAACGCUUGGAUAUUUAAUAAGGCACCACCUUCAUGCUUUAUCUUAUUUCGACUAAAUAUACAGGGCUGUUUAGUCACCAUGAACAUACGUUUAGAACGAAAAAUGUUAUCAAAGCACGCAUCUAACCUCUGGAAGGGUGUUAAGAUUAACGAUCGGCACCUCGAAAAUGCGUUUAAAUCAUUUUACGACGCUGCGCUUUAUAAGUUCAAUUGUGAACAGUUGAACAUCCGAAUGGUUGUUCCUCCCGCUACUCCGCAACAACCUGCUGCACAGGAGCAAUCAUCUCUCGCGACGAAUGAUUUUGACAACUCAUUUGAUGGGAUGUUAAAAGAUUUAUUUAAUUUCUAA